CAAGCUCUUACACAAAGCGGCAGCAUUGAAGUUGUGUAAGGAGCGAAAAACCACCAUAUAAAACAGAAGUCCCGCAUCAUUUUGCGUAUUUUUCAAUCAAGUGACCUACUGGAAACACUGGGAGUGUGGAGAUGAGGGUGUGGUGGGCGUGUCUUCUCUGUUUGGGGCUGUCUGGUCUCUCUCAAGCUCAGCCCAUGUUCUCUGUUACCACGGAUACAGUUCUGCCUCCUCAUGCUCUUCACAACCCCACCCAACUGAAUUAUGGGAUGGCGGUGACGGAUGUGGAUGGAGACGGGGACCUGGAGGUGGUGGUGGCCGGGUAUAAUGGCCCAAACUUAGUUCUGAAGUACGACAGUACCCAGAACAAGCUGGUCAACAUUGCCGUGGAUGACCGCAGUUCUCCGUAUUACGCCCUGAGAGACCCGCAGGGAAACGCCAUCGGAGUGACAGCCUGCGAUGUGGACGGAGACGGCAGAGAGGAGAUUUACUUCCUCAACACCAACAAUGCAUUCUCUGGUCGGGCGACGUACGCAGACAAACUGUUCAAGUUCCGUAAUGGUCGUUUUGAGGAUCUGCUCAGUGAUGACAUCAACGUGCAGAGAGGAGUAGCCAAUCGCUUGGCAGGACGCUCUGUUGCUUGUGUUGACAGAAAGGGUACAGGUCGAUACUCUAUAUAUGUGGCGAACUACGCCAGUGGAAACGUGGGGCCGCAUGCACUGAUAGAGAUGGAUGAAGCUGCCAGUGAUGUGGAGAGGGGCGUCAUAGCUCUGUCUGAUGUUGCACCACAAGCUAACAUUAACAAAUACACAGGUGGGCGUGGCGUGAUUGUCGGACCAAUCCUCAGCCAAACAAGAUCAGACAUCUUUUGCGACAAUGAAAAUGGACCCAACUUCCUGUUCCAAAACAAUGGUGAUGGAACGUUCAAAGAUGUUGCCGCAGAGGCAGGAGUUGAAGACCGGUAUCAGCAUGGCAGAGGUGUGGCGCUCGCUGACUUUAACGGUGAUGAAAAGACAGACAUCGUUUAUGGUAACUGGAACGGUCCACACCGACUCUACCUGCAGGACCAAAAACAGAGAUUCAAGAACAUCGCCACUCAGGCUUUCGCAUCUCCAUCACCCAUUCGUACCGUCAUCACCGCCGACUUUGACAAUGAUCUCCAGCUCGAGGUCUUCUUCAAUAAUAUCGCAUACAGAGGAAACGCCCCCAACCGAAUCUUCAGGGUGUCCAGGAAACAGAAUUCUGACCCUGAGGUCACAGAGCUGGAUGUGGGCGACGCCUCGGAGCCUCAGGGGCGGGGCACAGGUGCCACGGUAACAGACUUUGAUGGUGAUGGGCUGUUGGAUUUGUUGGUCGCUCACGGUGAGAGUGCGUCACAGCCUAUCUCUGUGUUUAAGGUUAAUCAGAGCUCCAGUAAUAAGUGGUUGCGUGUGGUUCCGCGCACUCGUUUCGGGGCAUACGCUCGCGGAGCAAAGGUGGUGAUGUACACGAAACACAGCGGCGUGCACACACGUAUCAUCGACGGAGGGUCGGGGUACCUGUGCGAGAUGGAGCCUGUGGCUCACUUCGGAUUAGGGAGCGAUGAGGCCACCAGCAUUGCAGUCUAUUGGCCAGAUGGACGUUCAAUGGUCAGACCGCUCGAGUCUGCUGAUAUGAACACGGUUAUUGAGAUUGCAUACCCUAAUGAAGGGGAGGAGUCAGCCCUCACGUCUGACGCACAGUGUGGAGAGGGGUUUACAGUGAAUACAAACGGCCGCUGUGUUGAUAUAAACGAGUGCAGGCAGGUGCCAGCGGUGUGUCCUAACACUCGUCCAGUAUGCACUAACACAUACGGUCAUUAUAAGUGCAGUCCCAAGAAGAGAUGUGCUCAGGGCUACAAGCCCAGCAGAGAUGGGCGAGUGUGUGUGGCUGUGGCCUCCAGAUAUGAGAGCAGCGUCUCUUCCUCUCCUGUCUGUUGCAGUCUUCAUCUUCCUCUGCUUCUGGUCUCAGUGCUGAGUGUGUCUGGAGUUCAGUGUGUCUGAUCAUCAGGCUGCAUGCUCAUUAUGAAUGUGUUUUACUCAGGACUGCACGCAGCAGGUGCUAUUCAGCAUCUGUAGCCCUGUCGCUCUGGUCAGUCAUUGGAUCUGUUCGAUUCACUCUGUCAGCAUGCUAAAAGACACCUCAGAGUUAUUACAUGAUGUAAACAGGUUCUUCUGGUCUGUAAACCCUGCUGAAAAUCCAGCUAAAACCAGCUUAUGAUGAUGGUAGGGGUUUCACAUGGUUGCUAGCAGGUCAUCUAUGGUCAUUAGCUGGUCCAAGCUGGCAUAGAUGUUGUGUCAGCUGGAGUCUUUUUACAGUAGGAGACUCUGGCUCAGUCUGUGUAUAUAAAACAGUAGUUUAGAUGUUUAUAGUUUAUAUGAUGUACCCUAAAAUCAACCCCAUUCAGACAAAUUACUGACAUUUUUGCAUCAAUUUAAGUGUGAACAUAUUUCCCUCUAGCAUUACUGAUAGCGCAUCACAUGAACAGCCUUACAAGAUACGAGUUCUGGUCUAUUGGGAACUAGGAAGUAACUGCAUUCACAUAAACAAUGGUAAACGUGAUUUGGAGGUUGUAUUUUCGCUCUAAAAUAAAAUUUGUACUCCACUGGUGCUUAGGUUUAGGGUUGGAGUUUGGUUUGGGGAUACAUAUUAUGAACAGAAAUAUGCAUUCCUGUUGACUGUAUUACAUCAUUUACAGGUUGCUUUACAACUUGCUUUUGGCGCCACUCAGUGGACAUUUUACACGGAAACUUGCGCUUACAUGUGCUUUUGAACAUCGCUUCCAGCUUCAGCCACAAGGGGCAGUAGUUCAAAUUUUGGUAAAAACAGACUGAUUUUACUACUGUUGCUGAAAUUCCAAUUUGUCCAAUUUGAGAGCUCAGAUGCCUUAUUUUGAAUAUCUACUGUAACAGAAUAUUUAUUGUUCAUAAGUGCUUUGAGAGAAGCUCGUUCACAGUGGCUCAUGCGUUCAUGCAAAGAUCUUGUGAUGUUUAGUGCUAAAAACAAUGUGUGAACAAGUUAUUGUGUGAACAUUUGUGCCACUGUAAACAAGCAUCUCUCAUUCACUCAUGAACACACAACCGAUGUCAAGAUUUUCACUGAAAAAUGACUUAAAUUUCGGGUUGUUUCUCACCAAAACCAAUCAAAUGUCUUUAGAGGACUUGGAAUGACACGGGAUUCGCAUGGACUACUUUUACUUUUUGUUUCUUUUUUAAGCUUUAAAGUGAGGCACUACACAGCCAUUCUGUUGAAAUAACGGAUUGCGAUAUUAAAGUUCAUCAACAGUG